CCCAUUUGAACUAAAAGGUUAAGGAGGAAGGGAGAGCCGCACAACCCAAGAAAAAGGAAGAAGAAGGAGAGCUGACCACAUGGAUUCAUUCCAUUUCGUGGAGCUCACUGUUUGCGUUGUAUCUUGAGAAAUACACAUCCAAUCGAGGCGUGUGAGGUGCCAAAAGAAACAUCUCCAAAAGAGGAAUCCAUAGAGGUGCGGUUUGUGUCAAAAUGAGCAGUUUAAGGCCUCCAAAUCAUCCGAACAGAACGCAACCAAUACAUUUUUGGUAUUCAAAGUUAGGGAACAAAUUCGCCGGAAAACACCCGUUCUAGGGACUGUUUUCAUGUCGACGUUUAGGGGUUGAGCUAGCACUGUGAGGAGGCUUCGUAACACUCAAUUUUAAGCAAGGAAUCAAUUCUUAAACCACCUUGGCCGAAGCUUUGACCAUUGGAUCAAGAAAGAAAAAUUUAAAGCUCAUUUAAGUUAUGGAUGCCAUCCGGCCAUUCCAUGCACGUGAAUUCCAGCUUCUCUACGACUGUCUCUUCCUCCCCAAAAACUCCGAAGCUCCAUUAAUAGACAAAGAAGCUUUAGAAAUUUCUCCUGGAUUAACUAAGUAUUGGAUCCCGGAAUGUGAUGAAUCAUUUAAACCAAAGCUUGACAUGGUAUUCAAAACCCUCGAGGAUGGUAUUGAGUUUUAUAAGCAAUAUGCAGCUUGUUGUGGCUUCGAUUCUCGUAUUGGUUCUCAAACUAAGCAUCGCCGGCCGAGGACGAACACCAUUGUGUGGAAAUAUGUUGUGUGCAAUAGAGCUGGUUUCAAAAAUAUUGCUAAAGUCAAUCCUCCAGAAACUAGUCAUGUUAUGCCUUUUAGUGUUGUUAGUGAUGAACACACUGAAUGUUCAAAUGAUGAUACAGAGGCUCACGUUUUUCCAGAGCAUCCAGAAUCCUCCCAUGCUAUUCCCGACACCGAAAAAAAAAACAGAGGCAUCACCGUGUAUCAAACCGUGUUGGCUGUAAAGCACAUAAGAUUAUUACGUUAUUUGAAGAGCGCCACAAUCAUCCUAUGUCGUCUCUUGAUGCCAGACCGUUUCUUAAAGUAAACAGGAAGCUUGAUCUUGGUCAUCAAAAGUUUGUUCUCAAUUGUGCAAAGGCUAAUAUAGGAACUAUGAAAUCAUACCGACUGUACAAUGAAACUGUUGGAGGAUAUUGCAAUAUUGGUGCAACGACGGUUGAUUUCAAGAACUUUAAGCGAGAUUUGAAGGCAUAUAUUUCCGGCGUGGAUGCUCAAAUGCUAAUUGAUAAGCUUUUCGGAAGCAAGAAAUUUGUUCAGCAUAUAUUUUUGAGUAUGACGUUGAUGAGAGUGAUUUUUUUGAAGAUGUGCUUUUUUCGAUGCUACAUAUGGGACUAACAGGUUCUACACUUUUGUAAUUUAAUUUUUGCACAUUUCUUUAUUUGUGUUUAAUUAGUAUUAUUAAACCCAUGUUUAAUUUCAAACAUUUGAUUAUUUUAUAAACAUGUAACUGCAUGCACUCGUAAGCACUAUUUUGUGCUCAACUAAUUUACUUCUUUAAUUGGUGUUUACUUUCAAAAAUAUGUUAUUCAUCCGUUUAAUAUGUUAUGCACACCGAUUUCUGCUUCUAUGCACACAUACUUUAAUAAAUUCUAGC